AUGGCCUCUACCUUUGACGACAGUCUCUUCACAUCUGCUCUCACAUCGUCCCGGAACGUCUUUUUGGCCAACAAUGCGCACCUCCCCGAGUCCGAACGUGAACAACUCUGGGGUCAACUCCUUAUCUCAUUUAUGCCUCACCGAAAUGUACUCAGCGGUAACACGUUGAAAUCCCUCGACGGGAGUGGAACUUCCGACUCUUUUGGGAAACGGUCUCGGGAAGAUGUGCCUCGCACGAUUCCUUCAACAUUACCCCCAGCAAAACGGCGGGCCGUCACUCCGGAACCUCCAACGGUGGCAGAUGUAAAUAGACCGGUUCCUGAACGCGAGUCUCCUGCUCCCAUCCAUCAAAAUCGCCGUCUUUCGAUUCGAGCACAGAAUGGAAACUCACCACUCCAGAAAGCCGGGAUGCUUACCACCGUUUCACCUCCACAACCGCAAACUAUCCCCCCUUCCGCUUCCGCUACCGCGCCACGGACACCUUUGGCUUCCGAGAAACGUUAUUCCCUUCAAAUCCAACAACUCAACAUGAACAAUGUCAACGAAUAUUCUCCAUCAGAGUUCACCCAGCAACAGUCUUUGGAUAACCUUUCCGACUCGCUAUUCAUGUUUGAGCCUGGCUCCGAUUCCUCCCCGUUGAACAACGAAAAAUGCCAGUAUACCACCUCUGAUUGUUUGAUUCCCCCAACAUCUCAAAAUUACCCGCAAUGUAGUUCGACCACAGCUGUUGAGAUGAGUCGAACUGCAACAGCAGACUCUCUCUGCGGAGGAAUGGGCAUGAUCCGUUUCGAUUCGACCGGAUCAGUCUCUAAUAAUCUGGCAAAGCUAGAUAAUAAUCCAUCUUCUCGUAUCUCUCAUCAGUCAUUAAACUUAAACAAUGACCUUAAUUAUUGCAUUGCCCCAUCUCCUAUUUCAAAUUUUCGUUCUGAGAUGAAGCAUUCUUUGUCCAGCGCGAGCGAUAGCUCGUCGCUGUCGAAUCAGUCAAGGGCUGUGAGGAGGACUCAGGAGCAAAUUGUGCAAGGCACACGGCCCAUCGCGCCAAAACAAGACAAGAAAUAUGCGUCGCACUCAAAAGUCGCGGAGCACAAAAUGCUUAGGAUAUCGUCGGGCGAUGGCACAUCACGAGAAGUAGCGGCAAUCCCAAAAGCGUCUGUUCGCCGUCCCAUGAGAACAAAGACGUACUGUAGUUACUGCAACGAGCAACCAGAGGGCUUUCACGGCGAACACGAACUGAGAAGGCACAUUGAACGUGUCCACUCAGUGGUCCGCAAGGUCUGGGUCUGCGUUGACAUUUCCCCUGACAAACAGUUUCUCGCCAACUGCAAAGCAUGUCGUAACGGGAAGCGCUACGGUGCCAACUACAACGCGGCAGCUCACCUUCGACGGACUCACUUCAACCCAUGUCAGCGUGGGCGUGGGGGCCGCGGCAAAGACAGCGAAAAACGCGGCGGUAAAGGCGGUGGGGUUCUUCCUCCCAUGGAUGUGCUAAAGCAUUGGAUGGAGCAGCGGGAAGAAUAUGUCAUCGACAACGUCAUCGACAGUGACAACGUGGCCGAGGAAACCCUCGAUGCUAGGUCCUCCGAACCUAACGACGACAUGGACAGUAAAAAUGUGUCCCCAGCACAGCACGACCACCAAACCGCAACCACGUUCACGAGUCAAUCUGGCCAGGCUUCCAUCGCUCCAGAAGCACCAGAUCUCUACUCAACGAUGCUAAUUGAUUUUCAUAACAGCAUGAACGGGCCCUCUUCGAACUGGGAUCUAUGCGGUCAUGGGUCCCCUAGUGGACAUGACAGUGCUGAGCAAAUGUCGAUGAAUGUUCUAGAUUCAUCCUUAUUCGACCCGUCUAUUUUCGAUGCUCAGCAGUUGCAUGAGCUCGAUCCUUUUAUUCCUGUUAUGCUGUAG